AUGGAAGCUCAAAGAAGCGCCACUCCUUGUUUCCAGCAUUUCCAAAUUCCUCACCAUGGAUUCCAAGCCCAAACAAUGGCAUUCCCCAUUUCUAGUGAUCCCCAACUCCCUCAACAUUCGCCCUUUUUGAUAAGCACGAGGUCACCUACAAGCCCUCAAGAAAUCCCUGAGAUAGCUGACGCCAAUGAAGCUUCUCAAACUUCAACCUUCGCGUGA